GCAGGCGACGUUAUAAAUCUUGCUCUGAUCCUCCUUUGACGCCACCGGACGUGUUCCAACUCCAAACUCUGAAGUACCAGCGCCGAAGGCCGCCGCCGCCAGACGUACGAGGACGAGGGAUCCAAUGGCCAAGACCGAAGUGGUCACCGUGACUCCGUGAGAUUCGGGCACGACGCGAUCACCACCACCGUCACGUCCUCCGGCAAGGCCGUGGAGCGCUGGAUCACGGAGGUCCUCUCCGCGCGCCGCAUCGACGGCAGCCGCUACGACAUGGUCGCCAGGCUCGACGUCGAGUGGCGCCCCAGCUACCGCGGCAAGCAGAACCCCGUAGCCACCCUGCAGCUCUGCGUCGACCGCCGCUGCCUCAUCUUCCAGCUCCUCCACGCCGACUACCUCCACGCCGCGCUGCCCGGGUUCCUCGGCGACCGCGCGGUCCGCUUCUUCGGCGUCGGCGUGGACGCGGACGCGGCGCGGCUCAGGGCCGACCACGGCCUGGAGGUGGGCAGGGCGGUGGACCUCCGGGGCUACGCGGAGGAGUACGCGGGCCGCCCGGACCUCCGCCAGGCUGGGCUGCGCGCCAUCGCCGCCGCCGUCUUGGGCGUCGACCUCGCGAAGCCGCACGGGGUGACCACGAGCCGCUGGGACGCGCGCAGCCUCAGCGACGAGCAGAUCACCUAUGCCUGCCUCGACGCCUUCGUCUCUUCCGAGGUCGCCCGCAAGCUGCAACGCCAGGAGCAGAUCUUCAGGUGCGUCUCGUGAAGCUGCUCGAGGGCGGCUACCGACCGAUCGAUCUGCGCGGUGUCCAACGAUUGCAAAUAAAUUCGUUCUAGCUUGUUUUAGUGGUUAAGUUUGUUCUAGUUUAAAUUAUUUGCAUCAGAAAAAAAUGUUUGUCAUGGUGCGUUGAGACAUGCAUGGUUCUUGCUGCAUGGUCCGAAACCUGCUUGGACUUGGAGCUCCGGUUGCUGCGGGGCCGAUCUCCCAGGCGACGACCCUACCCCGACUCGGAGUCCGGCCCGCUCCUCCCUUCCCUUUAUAUAUCGAAGCUGCAGCGCACAAGCAGAAGCAUCUUGGAAUCGUUCGAGCUCGAGCCGAUCCAUCGUCGUCGAAUUGCAGAGACCUGAGACUGAGAGAGGCAAGCGCGUGCCCCUUCGCUUCUGCGAUGAGGAACACGAACACGUUCGCGUACGACACCGACGUCGUCAUGGACGACGGCACCACCUCGAUCCGCACCACCGUCACCAACUCCGGCGACGCCGUGGAGCGCUACCUCCGAGAGGUCUGCGACGAGCACGGCCAGCGCCUCCUCGUCGGCCUCGACACCGAGUGGCGGGCCAUCCGGAGCGGCGCGCACCGGAUGGCCGUGCUGCAGCUCUGCGUGGGCCGCCGCUGCCUCGUCUUCCAGAUCUCCCGCGCCGACUACGUCCCGGCAGCCCUGGGCCGGUUCCUCGCCGACCCGGGCCACGUCUUCGCCGCCGUCGGGGUCGACAACGACGUCGAGCGGCUCUGCGACGACUGCGGGCUCUUCGUCGCCAACGCGGUGGACCUGGCGCCCGCCGCGGCGGAGGUGCUGCGCCGGCCGGAGCUCCGGAGGGCGGGGCUCAAGACCCUGGCGCGCGAGGUGAUGGGCGCGCACGUCGACAAGGACAAGGGUGUGACGCGGAGCGAGUGGGGCCGGACCCUGUCGGCGGUGCAGGUCCGGUACGCCUGCAUCGACGCGUUCGUGUCGUACGAGGUUGGCCGGCUGUUGCGGGAGCAAGCGGGGAUGGGAGAUGUGGGGGCGACCAGCGCGACGAUGGCGCCAUUUGUGGGGUUCGAGCUGCCGUAAGGCCUGGAGAUGAUUGUCAGGGCUGUUUUUUUUUUUGCGAAAGAGAGAGCUUCAUUCAUUAACCAGAAGAGUUUAUAUCUCGGGCAAUAAGUUGCUCCACACAAAAAGGGGCGCGAUAACGCUAGACUGCAUUAUGGUUUAA